CCAGGAGAAGAAUUCUUUGCAGUCUGCCAUCGUUUCUAUGUGAGGGCUUGGGAAAGAACUACUUGAGACUACUUCCGUGUGUGGCUUUGGUCCUCAUGAGAAUGUGAUGAAAAGUGGAAAGCCCUCCACUGUGUUUGGUUAGGAAGCAGGCCCUUUAUGCUCUUCUUUGUGGGGUGAGUCAAAAGACAAUGGUUGAAAUUCAGGUCUUCGGUGCAUAUAUUAGUGCAUGUGUGGCAAAGCAGACAUCCCUGUGGAUUCGUUGGGCUUUCCGAUUGUUCAAAGUCCAGGAAAUCAUCACAGACACCAGCUAUGAAGGUGAUAUCCAUCUUUCUGCUGGUGAUCAUCAGCAUUUGUGGUUAUACUGCCACUGCCUUCCUCAUCAACAGUGCCCCUCUUCCUGUUGGAAACCUACCUUUACCUUUGGACAAUGUUCUUCCCUUAUUUGAUCCUUUGAAGAUGCUUCUGAAAACUCUGGGAAUCUCUGUAGAACAUCUGGUGGCAGGGCUGAAGAAGUGUGUGGAUGAACUGGGGCCAGAGGCUUCAGAGGCUGUGAAGAAGCUUCUGGAGGCCCUAUCACACCUAGUGUAACAUCUGUAUAAAGAGAGUGAAGGUGGGAGUGGAAAGAGAAGGAUGUGCACAUCCUGGUUGGCCGAAUCUCAUUCUACCGUUUGGAGACUAUGUCCUAAAGCAUAGUGAGUCUAGAAAAGAAUGAAUAAAGCAAUGAAAAGA